CAGUAAGUGAAUUAGAUGCCAUGUGCCUCCCUUCUGCUUUCACUCUGCCUUGUUGGUAGUCAGCCUAACACAUCAGAAACAGUCUGGUCCUGACAAACUGCUGCUUUAGCACUGACAGUCAGCUCACAAGCCUCCACUGAAGCAGGAACCCCCAACUCAAGACCGUGGUGGAAAGUACAUUUACUCUAGUGCUGUUAAGUAUAAUUUUGAGCAGUCAAUAUGUUCCUGUGCUGUUGGCUGGCUCUGGUGGCUUUAAUUUCUAUGACCUUAAGCACCAAUCCUGGGGUAAAGGUCAAACUAACAGAAAAAGGCCUUGACUAUGGCAGGCAACUGGGGAUGGCUUCAAUCCAGCAGAGACUCAAAACCAUCCAAGUCCCAGAUAUUUCAGGGACACAGAAGGUGUCUCCCAUUGGCACGGUCCAGUACAGCCUGUCAAAUAUGCAAAUAGUGGAUUGUGGAUUACCAAAAUCUUCGGUGGAUCUGGUGCCAGGGACGGGUGUCAGACUGCAAAUUGGUAAUGCCUUCAUUAGCCUGCAUGGAAACUGGAGGGUCAAAUACCUGAGAAUAAUAAAGGACAGUGGCUCUUUUGAUUUGAAUGUGAAUGGACUCACUAUCACUACAAGUAUUGACAUCAAGAGUGAUGAGACAGGCAGACCUGCAGUCAGUAGUAUCAACUGUGCGGCUAUUGUUGGCAGUGUGACCAUCAAAUUCCAUGGUGGAGCCAGCUGGCUGUAUAAUCUCUUCAAAAACUUCAUUGAUAAGGCUUUGCGAAAUGAACUGCAGAAACAGAUCUGCCCUCUGGUGGCUGAUGCAGUAUCUGAUUUGAACUCUCAGUUGAAAACUCUCAAUGUUGUAGCCCAAGUGGACCAGUAUGCAGAGAUUGAAUAUUCCAUGGUGUCAUCACCCACAGUUUCAAAAUCUUCCAUAGACUUGAGCUUGAAGGGUGAAUUUUACAACAUCGGGAAGCAUCAGGAGCCUCCAUUCUCCCCCGCAGCCUUUUCCCUGACGCCCGAGAUCAACAUGUUGUACAUCGGUGUGUCUGUCUUCACCACCAACUCUGCAGCCUUCGUCUACAACAAAGCCGGAGCCCUCAGCCUAUACAUCACUGAUGACAUGAUCCCACAAGGUUCUCCCAUUCGACUCAACACCAGAACGUUUGGAGCCUUCAUCCCACAGAUUGCCAAACAGUUCCCAGGUCUGAUGAUGAAACUGCUGGUGAAGACAGUGAAAAAUCCUGCCAUUACUUUUGAACCCAACAACGUGACAGUUCAAGCCACUAGCACAGUGACGGCCUACGCUAUCCAACCAAACACCACACUUUCCCCUCUCUUUGUCCUAAACUUGGAGACCAGUGUCAGUGCCCAAGUGUUUGUCAGUGGAAUAAGGCUGGCUGGAGCUGUCACCCUAAACAAAAUGGAUCUGACCCUGGGUACAAGCUAUGUGGGAGAGUUUCAGGUCAGACCCCUCAACAGCAUCCUCCAAAUGGUCCUCAAAGUGGUAGUGAUACCUAAAGUGAAUGUUCAACUUGCAAAGGGAUACCCACUUCCUACACUUGGAAAGAUGAAGCUUGUGAACACUCAGCUUCAGGUCCUGAAGGUCAGAGACUGGAUGUUUUCUAUAAAACUGCAUGCUUUUGAGUGAGCUGCAUUUAUUAUAUGACAGGGAUUUUAAUGAGGGCUAAGAACUUGGUAGAAACCAUCUUAAAAAUCUAGCUGAUUAACAGAAUUCCUAAUCUCAAAGCUGUUAUUAACUGUUGUUGCGGUGCUUUAUUUUCCUCUAGGACUAUAUGCUGAUUGGGACAGAUGUUCAGUUCACGGGUUGAAUGGCAUUUCUGAAAACUUCCAGGAUUCCCUUCUGCACUGGGGCAUGCCACCAUAAAGACACAAUAACAGCCAGAUUACUACCUGACAAAAUGAAUGAUACAAGUAUUACUUUUCCUACGAGCCUGAGAAAUGCAGAUCUCCAGUUUGCAUUUGGAUAUCACCUCAGAUUUUUAUAAUUUCUGUUUUUAUACUAUUUUUCUUUUAAAAUGUGAACUCAGACCAGGUUUUCUACAUACAAAAUGUAGAUGGAGGCAGUGAACUUUUACAACAGGGUUGAUGCAGUCUUGUCAUAACAGGACAGUUUGCAGGGUUUGCUUUUUGCCACCACAAUCAUCUUUUUGAAAUAACAUGCUCCUUCCAAAGCAGUUCACAGCACUUUCUGCUGCUGACUUUAGGCAAAUUUUUUCUCAAAGUUUCUGACUUUGUAGCUCACAGAGCAAUUCUACAAAUGUGCUGAUGCAUGACAUUUUUUUUUGGAGCUUGUAGAGUCCCAUAAAAAAUCCCAUAACAUCAAUCAAGUACCACUGCUUCAGACAAAACAAAUCAGCCACGGACGGUAUUAUGUAUUAAAACAAACUGUAUAAUAUACAUCAUCCGAACAGGUUUCAGUAUCUUCAGCAGUUCAAUAUAUACAUACAUAAAUAACACAUUGCAGUUUUCAUAGCUCAUCACAGCAGUCCAAUGUGACUAAGAUGAUCAAAAUUCCCAUACAUUCCCAACAGCCUCCAUGUGUCUUCAAAGUCAUUCAAGAGAAGAAGGCAGUGUGCUAGUUAUCUCAAAAACAUAAGAGUUUGUUUCCUGUGGUUUCAGUGUCAAUCAAGGGCAUGUUUCAUUCACAUGUUCAUCAAGCUGGUGCCUAGGCAGAGUCUCAGUGCUUCACUGUGCCUCUCAGGGAGCUGUGACUGAGGGCUCGGCCUCUCAGGCUCUGGGAGUUGGCCGACAAUAUCUAUAUUACAGACACAAAACAUCAAAAAAAUGAGUGAUUGAAUGAAUAAAUCUCUGAAAGUACCAGAUACUGCCUUAAGGUUCUUGAAUGUGGUGAUUGUUGAAAUUAUGUCCUCCUACCAGUGACUGGCAGGAGACUGUUUUUUCGUUCUAUAAUCUUUUACUUUGUGAUGGUUAGUGGUUACAGUUAGUCACAGCUACAUGAGUUUUAGAUCAUUUUAUUAAAAGGUGUGCCUAUAUGUGAAAACCUGCAAUGGAUUUCUCAUUUUAGGAUGAGUAUAGAGGCACUCUCAAACCUGAGAAACAUGUGUUUUAUCUCUGUCUUAAACUGAUGAAAAACUUAAAUAAAUGUACCCAAUAUUUGAAGUAUA